CCCCAUGCUUCUCAAUUCCUGGAUCCGCCUCUGAAUAGGGCCGAUAUAAGAGCACAAUAUAAGACCAAAAUGUUACCAUACAUUGGGGAGUAAGUGAAUAACUAAGUGGAACAUAUUUGUGUCUUCUAACCAACAGCUAUCAAGUGGUGGAAAGCAUGAGGGUAGGAUUGGAACCCAAGCUUGCUGCCCAAGAUGCAAUAUUGCGGAUCGCGAGGAAAUACCCGGACUUCACGGGCGCGGUUUUUGCCCUCAACAAGAGCGGUUUUCAUGCGGGCGCGUGCUACGGAUGGACUUUUCAGUACUCUGUGAUGAAACCCGGAAUGGACGACGUUCAGGUUUUCACUGUACACCCUGAAAUCGUCACCGUAUGACGAAGGUGGGCCCCACCUCCUCCAUUUUAUAUAUUAUCUCCUCACAUGGAUCUCCUUGUCUAUCAUAAUUUUUUAUGUGAAGUUCAAUGCAAUUCCUUUUGUGUUUGUAUUGUUGUAAUCUCAUGUUAGGAUUUCUUGUUGUUACUCUAAUUACACAUUAGUAUGAUAUUAUCCGUUUCGGAUCAAGUAUUCUACUCAAGCAAAAAAAGUGUUGCUUUGAUGUAACUCUAAUAUUUUUAAAAAAGAUGGUACUUAUUAAUUUAAAAUAUGGGUAGUAUUUUUUGUUUAAUAAGGACUCUUCCAUGUU